AUGGUGUUCCAAUUUCUGAAAUUAAUUGUCAAAGAAACCAAACCUAUAAUCGCAAUCGAAAUCAAAACCCUUGAACUGAGGAUUGUUGCUGAAGUGAAACUGUUUGGAGAUUUCUGUUUUAAGCUUGGAGCAUUUGGUUUUGCAGAGAUGGAGUCUAGCCACUCUAACACACCUAAUGCCUCUAAUCCCUAA